AAAAAGCAACAAAGAUGGGCCUUAAAUAUCUAAUACUGAUGAUUGCCUUCGCAACAGUCGAAAUAAAUGUAACAGAAAGCCGGCAGAACGACAAAAGGAGAUGGAAGAAUGAUAAGAUUUACUCGCACUACGUUAAUAUUUGCGAUAUACAGGAUCGAGGGUCCAAAGUUCAUUGUUACUGUGAGAAUAUAAAGAUAAAAACUGCCACAAAGGCCGAUUGUUGGGUAUUCAAUGGUGGCAUAGCAGAAGACGAUCCAUUCUGGUCCAAUUUUUAUUCGCAACCAAAAAUAGAAAAGCUAACAUUCAACGUCAGAGCGGACGGCGGCCUGACGUACAUCCCCGCUAAAGUGAUCGUUAGGCUCGAGCGAUUACAAUACCUCAACAUACAAUACGCCAAUAUAUACACCAUCCCAUCGUUCGCAUUUACCAACUCAACUACGCUCAGAGAGAUAACACUACCCAAAAACAAAAUAGCCAAACUAGAAAAGAUGUCUUUCGCUCAUCUGAUAAUGCUGUCAAACGUCAGCUUAGUGGAAAAUCAGAUAUCCGAAUUGAAGCGGGACGUGUUCUACGUCCUACCCAAUUUGCAGAGGCUGUAUCUGUCGAAGAAUAUAAUUAGCGUCCUUCACGACGGUUGUUUCAAACAUCUCAACAAUCUCAUAAAAUUGGAUCUCGACAGCAAUCAGUUGACAGUCGUCAUUAGGGAGAACUUCCAAGGCCUGUCUAAUCUGAUCACGUUGGAUAUGAGAAACAAUAAAUUAACGAUGAUAGGGGACCUUGCGUUUGCGGAACUUUGGAGUCUUCAAGAACUUUACCUGGACGGCAACGAAAUAGAAUUUAUAUCCGAGAGGGGUUUUGGGGGAUUGACUCAGCUGCGAAAACUUUCGCUAGCCGAUAAUAAGUUGGGGACAUUAGACGACGGAGUGUUAGACGAUAUUCAAAAGUUGAAUGUUUUAGAUUUAAGGAACAAUAACUUAGAGACGUUGAAACAAGAAGCAGUACAAAAUGUUUUGGAGAACAUGAAGUCCAAUUACGCGUUAAUCUCUCUAGACGGUAACAGAUUGACUUGCGACUGCCGCUUGUCUUGGCUGCACAAACUUCGCAACGAGACCCGAAGCAAACGCGUCAAAGCCUCGCUCUACCGACUCAACUGCAUCAUGGACACAAAAACAAAUAUAGCGAACAACAAAAUCGAUAAACCAAAAACGAUUCCCGGAUCUUACAAGAAAGAAAUCGAUUACGACGAAGAGGAAUUCGAAGAGAAACAUUACGAUGAUGCGAUGCAAGACCAAGAAACUGAAAAUGACGACACAAAAAUUGAAUAUAAAAGGAAAUUGCUCGAAAUACCGACAGAAAUGCUCCCAUGUCCAAACCGUUUAAUCUAUGAAGCGUCUUACUCGCCGCCAACGCAAGACGAGGUCAAAUACUACAAGACUUCAUCAAGUCAGAGGGCGGUAUCAACAACUCUACAUUUCGUACUCGCAGCUCUAGUAAUAUUGUAGCGUACGAAUUGAAAUGUAAAUAGUUCUGUGAUUUCAUUAUGCAUUUAUUGUUGAACUAUUCCGGUUUAUUUAAUAUUCAUACAAGUUUUUUUUUGUGUAUUUUUAUUCAUGAA